CAGGGAAAGCCGGGUCUCUUCAGGAGUCAGAACUCAGGCUCUGCCAGUCCUGAGGAGGGGCAGUGCUACCAGGGGCAGCGCCUGCCAUAGUGGGGUGGGGGCAGCUGCAGAGUUCAAGGGUGCCCUCUGGGGGUGGCUUACCCAGCCCCAGACCCACUUGAGUCUCAUGCCCCUCCUGCUGGCACCCCCAUCCCUUCCCCGCCCCACCCCCAUUCGUAGGCUUAGGGCUUGCAGAGAAUCGCCAUUGAACUCAGAAACUUGCCACUAGCCUCUCAGGAGGCUAACACCCGCACUGAGUGCUGGUACAGGGGUCUCUGGGGAGGCCAGACUCCGCAGGUCAGGUGUUUGGGGUAGGCCGGCUAGUCCUUGGCUGUCUCCGCGGGUGCCGGAUGCCGCAGCGCAGGCUGCGCUCUCCAGCUGAGUGACGCAGAGUGCGCGCGGGCCACGCGGAAAGUGCGGAGGACAGCGGGCGCGGGGCUCAACCUCGGCUCGGAAUGCAGGCGGUCCUGCGGGGCCGGGGGCGGCCGUCCUGAGCAGCGGCGUGAGUCAGGCGGCACGGGGCGCUCCCAGUAGGUUCAUGCUCUGGCCUCGCUCUAGCCUCGGUGAACACCAGCGGGGUGCAGUGGCGAGCCACCCCCCUCCCCAACACAUUUCUGGAACCCUCAGCCUAGCCAGUCCGAGUGAAGCCUGUCCUGAGGGAGGUGGAGGCCCGUGGAGGCUACAGCACAGGUGUCAGAAUGGAGCCCUCGGCCCUGACGAAAGCUGGCUCCAACCAGGAGGAGGGCUUCGGGGUGCAGUCCAGGAGGGUGGCAGACCUGGGCCUGGUCCCCAACCUGCGGCGAAGCAACAGUAGCCUCUGCAAGAGCAGGAGGUCACAGUACCUGUUCAACAGCUGUGAGAAGGAAAAUCUCAGCUCGUGGAUUCCCGAAAACAUCAAGAAGAAAGAAUGCAUCUACUUUGUGGAGAGCUCCAAACUGUCUGACGCUGGGAAGGUGGUGUGUGAGUGCGGCUACACGCGUGAGCAGCACUUGGAGGAGGCCGUCAAGCCCCACACCUUCCAGAGCAAUGAGUGGGACCCGAAAAAGCACGUCCAGGAGAUGCCGACGGACGCCUUUGGUGACAUUGUCUUCACAGGCCUGAGCCAGAAGGUGGGAAAGUAUGUCCGCCUCUCCCAAGACACCCCCUCCAGCGUGACCUACCAACUCAUGACCCAGCACUGGGGCCUGGAUGUCCCUAACCUCCUCAUUUCGGUCACGGGCGGGGCCAAGGACUUCAACAUGAAGCCCCGGCUGAAGAGCGUCUUCCGCAGAGGCCUGGUCAAAGUGGCCCAGACCACAGGAGCCUGGAUUAUCACCGGGGGCUCCCACACCGGCGUGAUGAAGCAGGUGGGCGAGGCCGUGCGUGACUUCAGCCUGAGCAGCAGCUACAACGAGGGGGAAAUUGUCACCAUCGGGAUCGCCACGUGGGGCACCGUGCACAACCGCGAGGGCCUGAUCCACCCCACGGGUGGCUUCCCUGCUGAGUACAUCGUGGACGAGGAAGGCCAGGGCCACCUGACCUGCCUGGACAGCAACCACUCCCACUUCAUCCUCGUGGACGAUGGGACCCACGGCCGCUACGGGGUUGAGAUCCCCCUGAGGUCCAAGCUGGAGAAGUUCAUUUCGGAGCAGACGAAGGAGAGAGGAGGCGUGGCCAUCAAGAUCCCCAUCGUGUGUGUGGUGCUGGAGGGAGGACCGGGCACACUGCAUACCAUCUACAACGCCAUCACCCACGGCACCCCCUGUGUGGUGGUGGAGGGCUCAGGCCGCGUGGCGGACGUCAUCGCCCAGGUGGCCAGCCUGCCCAUCUCCGAGAUCACCAUCUCCCUGAUUCAGCAGAAGCUGGCGGUGUUCUUCCAGGAGAUGUUCGAGACCUUCACCGAGGGCGGGAUCGUGGAGUGGACCAAGAAGAUACAAGACAUUGUCCGGAGGCGGCAGCUGCUGACCAUCUUCCGGGAAGGCAAGGACGGCCAGCAGGACGUGGACGUGGCCAUCCUGCAGGCCUUGCUGAAAGCCUCUCGGAGCCACGACCACUUUGGCCACGAGAACUGGGACCACCAGCUGAAGCUGGCCGUGGCGUGGAAUCGUGUGGACAUCGCCCGGAGUGAGAUCUUCACUGAUGAGCGGCAGUGGAAGCCUUCAGAGCUGCACCCCAUGAUGACGGCUGCCCUCAUCUCCAACAAGCCUGAGUUCGUGAAGCUCUUCCUGGAGAACGGGCUGCGGCUGAAGGAGUUUGUCACCUGGGACACCCUGCUCUACCUGUACAAGAACCUGGACCCCUCCUGCCUGUUCCACUGCAAGCUGCAGAAGGUGCUGGCGGAGGAGCCCGAGCGCGUGGCCUGCGCGCCCGCCCUGCCCGCCGUGCAGAUGCACCAUGUGGCCCAGGUGCUGCGGGAGCUCCUGGGCGACUUCACGCAGCCGCUCUACCCCCGGCCCCGCUCCAGCGACCGGCCGAGGCUCCUGCUGCCUGUGCCCCACAUCAAGCUCAACGUGCAGGGAGUGAGUCUCCGAUCCCUCUACAAACGUUCAUCAGGCCACGUCACCUUCACCAUGGACCCGGUCCGCGAUCUUCUCAUCUGGGCCAUUGUCCAGAACCGCCGGGAGCUGGCAGAAAUCAUCUGGGCUCAGAGCCAGGACUGCAUUGCCGCGGCCUUGGCCUGCAGCAAGAUCCUCAAGGAGCUCUCCAAGGAGGAGGAGGACACGGACAGCUCUGAGGAGAUGCUGGUGCUCGCUGACCAGUAUGAGCACAGGGCCAUCGGGGUCUUCACCGAGUGCUACCGGAAGGACGAGGAGAGAGCGCAGAAGCUGCUCAUCCGCGUGUCGGAGGCCUGGGGGAAGACCACCUGCCUGCAGCUGGCCCUGGAGGCCAAGGACAUGAAGUUCGUCUCCCACGGGGGCAUCCAGGCCUUUCUGACCAAGGUGUGGUGGGGUCAGCUCUCCGUGGACAAUGGGCUCUGGCGGGUGAUCCUGUGCAUGCUGGCCUUCCCGCUGCUCUCCACCGGCCUCAUCUCCUUCAGGGACAGGCGGCUGCAGGCGGUGCGAGGCCUGGCCCGGGUCCGCGCCUUCUUUAACGCGCCCGUGGUCAUCUUCCACCUGAACAUCCUGUCCUACUUCUCCUUCCUCUGCCUCUUCGCCUACGUGCUCAUGGUGGACUUCCAGCCCUCGCCCUCCUGGUGCGAGCGCCUCAUCUACCUCUGGCUCUUCUCCCUGGUCUGCGAGGAGUUGCGGCAGCUCCUGUACGACCCUUAUGAGUGCGGGCUGGCGAAGAUGGCACUCCUCUACUUCAGCGACUUCUGGAAUAAACUGGACAUCGCUGCCAUCUUGCUCUUCAUAGCAGGACUGACCUGCAGGCUGAUCCCAGCACUGCUGUACCCCGGGCGCAUUGUGCUCUCUCUGGAUUUCAUCAUGUUCUGCCUGCGGCUGAUGCACAUCUUUACCAUCAGCAAGACGCUGGGGCCCAAGAUCAUCAUCGUGAAGCGGAUGAUGAAGGAUGUCUUCUUUUUCCUCUUCCUGCUGGCCGUGUGGGUGGUGUCCUUCGGGGUGGCCAAGCAGGCCAUCCUCAUCCACAACGAGAGCCGGGUGGACUGGAUCUUCCGGGGGGUCGUGUACCAGUCGUACCUCACCAUCUUCGGGCAGAUGCCGGCCUACAUCGACGGUGUGAACUUCAACCUGGACCACUGUAGCCCCAAUGGCACCGACCCCUACAAGCCCAAGUGCCCGGAGAGCGACUCUACCCACCACCAGCCCAUCUUCCCCGAGUGGCUGACCGUCAUCCUGCUCUGUCUGUACCUGCUCUUCACCAACAUCCUGCUGCUCAAUCUGCUCAUUGCCAUGUUCAACUACACGUUCCAGCAGGUGCAGGAGCACACAGACCAGAUCUGGAAGUUUCAGCGGCACGACCUGAUCGAGGAGUACCAGGGCCGGCCCCCUGCCCCACCCCCCUUCAUCCUCCUCAGCCACCUGCACCUCUUCAUCAAGCGGGUCGUCCUGAAGAUACCCGCCAAGCGACACAAGCAGCUCAAGAACAAGCUGGAGAAGAAUGAGGAGGCGGCACUCCUGUCCUGGGAGAUCUACCUGAAGGAGAACUACCUGCAGAACAUGCAGUACCAGCAGAAGCAGAGGCCGGAGCAGAAGAUCCAAGACAUUAGCAACAGGGUGGACGCCAUGGUGGACCUGCUGGAAAUGGACCGUCUGAAGAGCUCGGGCUCCACGGAGCAGAGAUUGGCCUCCCUGGAGGAGCAGGUGGCCCAGACGACCAGAGCAUUGCACUGGGUUGUGAAGGCCCUCAGAGACGGUGGCUUUGGCUCGGAAAAAGGAACUCCCACCCUGGGUGUCCAAAUGCGGCUGCGUUGGCCCACACUCUCCUGGCUGUCCCCAGCAUCCCAGAAGGUCUUGGAGGGACAGGACCCCGAGCUGGACAGCAGGCAGAAGGUGGAGGACCUAGGCGACUCCCACCACAUCAACGCCCGGCACCUCCUGUACCCCAACGCCGCUGUCGUGCGUUUCCCUGUGCCCAACGAGAAGGUGCCCUGGGGGACAGAGUUUCUCAUCUAUGACCCGCCCUUCUACUCGGCCGACAGGAAGGACAAGGACUUGGUGGACCCCAUGGGAAACACCCUGGACCCUCUGUCUAGGAUCACCUACAAUGCUGUGGACGGACCCACGGACCGCCGGAGCUACCACGGCAGCUACAUGGUUCGGGACGGGCUCCCUCUGAACCCCAUGGGCCGCACAGGGCUGCGAGGCCGCGGGAGCCUCAGCUGCUUUGGACCCAACCACACGCUGCAGCCUGUGGUCACCCGGUGGAGGCGGAACCAGGAUGGCGCCAUCUGCCGGAGAAGCAUAAAGAAAGUGCUGGAAGUGCUGGUGGUGAAGCAUGUCCUCUCAGAACACUGGGCCUUGCCAGGGGGCUCCCGGGAACCAGGAGAGGUGCUGCCCCGCAAGCUGAAGCAGGUCCUUCAGAAAGAGUUCUGGCCGUCCUUUGAGAGCCUGCUGACACAGGGCACAGAGGUGUACAAAGGCUACGUGGAUGACCCUCGGAACACGGACAAUGCCUGGAUCGAGACGGUGGCCAUCAGCAUCCACUUCCCAGACCAGAGCAGCGUGGAGCUGAAGCGUCUGAACUCUCACCUGCACACCAGUGACCCAGGGAUGUCCAUCCGGUGGCAGGUCGUGGACAAGCGCAUCCCACUGUACGCCAACCACAAGGCUGUCCUCCAGAAGGUGGCUGCUCUGUUCGGGGCUUACUACUGACCCGUGGGCACAGGCAAGGCGGGUCCAACCCCAGCCCCUCGGAGACUUAGGCUGCACAGGACACAGCCGGGGACCUCGGGCAGACGAGGGGCCUGGUAUGAUAUGGUUUGGGAAUCCACUACUCCUCACAGCCAACUCGAGUUGCCUGCCAGACAAGUUCAUGAACAGAAGGUGGUGGCAAGGUGCCCGGAGAAGGGAGCCGAGGCAGGGGACAGACUGGCUCUAGUCCUCUGACACUUCCUCAGGGUUGUGGUGGCCACUGGGACCCUGCCAGCCAUCACUGCCUCUCCCCAGCAGGCAGGCGGCCAGCUGGGGUCUGGAGCCUCCUGGCAGCCUCGGCCUUGGACAUGAGCAGCGCGUCCCUGACCAGAGGAGCAUCGGCCCAAGGCCUCUGUCCUUUGGAGAGUUGGAGGUCGCCUGUGGCCUCCUCCUCAGGCCUAUGCCUCCACUAUGACCUGACUCAGACCUUUGCCUGGCCUGAGGCAGACAAUGUGGAACCCCAGUUCACAGUCCAGAUCCCUGUUAGGGCUAAGCAAGGGCAGGAAGCUGGUGAGGACAGGCCUUCCCCAGAGAUGUGGAGGGUGCCUGCCUGUGCAUGGCCCGGGGACCCAGGCAGAUGGCUCUCCCUCCAUCUGCUCUCUGUGAGUACAGGGAGGUGUGGGCAGUCGGCACGGAUCUGGGGGUACCCCAUUUAGAGUCACAAGUCACAACCCAUCAGCAUAAACCAUCAGGACCGGGAAUAUUGUUGAACCUGACAUUAAAUUUGCUGUCCCAUACUACCUGGCCAGCUCUUCUGUGCGUCCUGCAAAUAAAGCUACAGAUGUGCAGCGGUCAGGGGCUGUGUCAGGGCCGCCAAACCCUCCACCAACCCACAGCCCGGCUUCCCAUGGCCCGAGGACGUCUCCUGUGGCUGCUGCCCUCAGACACUUUGCAGGACCUUCAGGUCCAAAUUCACGAUCCUCCCCCACCCCCCCACUCCCUCUUCUUCUUUAUUUUAAAGAUUUUAUUUAUUUUCAGAGAGAGGGGAAGGGAGGGAAAAAGAAAGGGAGAGAAACAUCAGUUGCUUGCCUCUAGCACACCUCAAAUCGGAGACCUGGCCUCCAAACCAGGCACCUGCCCUGACCGGGAAUCGAACUGGCGACCUUUCACUUUGCAGGAUGAUGCCCAACCCACUGAGCCACACCCAUCAGGGCCCGCUCCCUCUUCUUCAUUCUCCCAUGAGCACCCCCCAAGCUAUGACUCGGCAUCCUGGGGCCCUCGGCCUGGCUCCCCCAACAUUGCAGGCACUCACUCAGGCACCGUGGGGCCUUGCGUUUUUAAAUCUGGCUUCAUAAACCCAGCCAAACCAGAGCUCAAGCAGCAGCACCAAAUAAAGACAUUUUAGACUUGUAGUGACACAGGAAACAUGUCACUCACAUGUCCUUUCUGAAAGACUCUCACAGAGACGAAUUAUGGAAACCCAAACACACUGACCACAGACGUUAACUCUCUCACAGUCCUGGAAGCCGGGCGUCCAGGCCAGGCUGCUAGCAGGGCUGGUGUCUGGCCAGGCCUCUGUCCCCGUGUCCUCAGGUGGCCUGUCCUCGGUGUGCUCCCCUCUCCUAAGGACACCACUCCUGUCACCUCAGGGCUUCUCUCAGGACCUCAUUUAAUGGCAGUUGCCUCCUUAGAGGGCCCAGCUCAGACACAGCCACACUGGGAGCCGGGGAUUCAGCACAGGCGUCCUGUGGGAGGGACACAGACAUUCGGCGCGUGCAUGCGUGCACACGUGUACAGAGCGAGCUCCGUGUUCAGCAAAGGAACCACUCACAUGGAGGCUAAGCGGUACCACUGUUGAGGCACAAUAGAAAAAGGAAAUGUAACAGCAGCUCAGAAGGACGACCCGGCAGGCCUCUCAGGGCCAGGGGUCAUUCACAUGCCUUGGGGUCCAGCGUGGGGAAGGUCAUGGACCGGGGGGCUGGGGUGGGGGCAGCCGGCAGGAAACGAGGUGCCCUGCAGGUCUGGGCAGCCGUGAAGACAGAAGCGGAGGCCUGACUGCAGCCUCCCAGGGCCAAAGCGAAGAACAGAGACAAAAUCAGGGGGAGAAAACUGCAACACAGGACGGUGAACGUGGCAUGAAAACAAAGCUACAGGAGAGUCCCAGCAGGUUGGAGACGGUGACUCACAGCAACCGUGAUUCUCAUAUUAAGAUACAAACGACACCGCGAACUCCCGUGUUCACCAUUGCUCCUCCGUGACCAGAAAUGAAAGCCGACUGCUGACAACACGGGGCAGGCCCGCCGGGCAGAUACUUCCAGGAUGAAAGGUGUGUGGACGUGCCACCGGCCAGCAGGGCUCAGGGCUCGAACCCGGUCUUUUAAGGACAGAGGAUAUUUGGUAAAGGUGUGAAUUCACGAAGAAGACACCCCUUUUGGGCACCACUAUCCACCUAACAGCAUAGGUUUUUAAAUACAUGAAGCGAAACUGAUAGAAAGUCAAGGAGAAACCAAUGGAGUCACAGUAAUCUGCUCUCAGAAAUCAAGGAGUCAAGAAGCAAAAGGAGGUGGAGGGACUGAGCAAAAACGAA